AAAAUGUGUUUAAAACACAGUCUUUAUAAAUAUUUAAAACGGAUUUUUCAUAAGCAAACUCGAUUCAUCAAAUACUGAUAAUAUUUUCAAAUCAAACGAAUUGAAUCAUUUAUUAUUUAUUUUAUUUAUUUGGUGUAUCAGAAUUUAAUUAUCUACCUAUUAAAGAAAUAGAAAGAGAAUUUAUAAUCAAUUUGACGCCUUACACAUGUUGAUAGUAGUAUUAUCUUUUAAAGAUCAACCAAUUCAACCUAAGUCAAAAAAACAAAUCAAAAAAAAAGAAAAUGUUCGAAUAGAAAUCGGAAAUUUGCUCGGUCCUGUGAGACAUGCACAACAGAUCCAAGCGAAUGUGCACAAAUACAUUUUAGAAAUGGGUUCAGCACAUGGAAACACUUAUUUUGAGCCAAAACAUCAACUAUUGAACCAAAUAUUUAAGCAGCAAACGGAAAUUGUAAUGGGAAAAAUGAACUACCAACUCGAGAAAGAUUCAAUGUUCAUACGAGCUGAAUACGACGACAAACUGUUACAAGAUACCAAAUAUCAGAUGAAUAAGUUUGACGAAGCCGUAUCAGCUAUUACGAUGGACUUGAACAAUAAAUGCGAGGAAAAAUUAAAACAAUAUAAAAUUGACGCUGAGAAAACGAUGUAUGCAAGUAUUGAAAAAUCGUUAACAUGGAGAGAAAAUUAUAUAAAACAGGAAUUCGGAUAUUUUAAAGAACAAAAUCUAGCGGAUUUCAAAGAAUACUAUAGACAGUUGAUUAUGUCCUAUCGUUUGAAAUUCGAAAAACAACUAGACGACUUGGAGAAAAAACAUAGAUCAAAAUAUGAAAAGAUAAAACAAUCAUAUGUGUAUAAAUAUAAAAAAAAAUUUGAUUUAGAGAAAACGAAACUCAAAGAAAAAUUAUUGUUAGAAAAACUAAACUUACCAUCGAUUUCCGACGAAGAAAAGGUUGAAGAAUCGGACCAAUACAUGAAGGCAAAUAUCCAAAAAAACUUUAAAUGUUGAAUGAGAAAAUCAACAUUUCAAGUUGUAUACACGGAUCCAAGAUCAAUUAAAAAAAUUUCAACUACGACUAAACUAAAUCGAAGGAGCUAUUCGCUAUAAAAUCUGUAAAAUAAUUGAAAAUCUAACCAGUAACCACGUCUUCCACAGGAUAUAUUCCUAUCUCCACAAUCAACACCUGGAUCAUCACAAUCAUCUAAAUCAGAACUUAUGUAAACACUUCUAAAUGUAACCUUUAACUUAUAUUUGUUAAAACCACAAAAAAAAUUUGUUGA